AUGACCAGCAACGUAAUCACCCAAGAUUUGCCCAUACCCACCACCAGUCCCGGCUUCGCUGAUAUUGUUGGCUUCGGUCUCGAUGGAGUCGUUAUCAUACGCAACUCUGUCAACGUUCAGUCCUUCCUUGCUGUCAAGAACUUUGCACAGAACGCAGGAGGAUGGCGCACCACCAAACACAUUCGUCUCAUCGCCGACAUGACCGGCAACGGAAAGGGCGACAUCGUUGGGUUCGGCGACGCCGGUGUAUACGUCUCUGUCAACAAUGGCAACAAUACCUUCGCCGACCCUCCGAAGAUGGUCAUCUCCGACUUCGCCUACAAUGCAGGGGACUGGCGCGUCGAAAAGCACCUUCGCUAUUUGUCAGACAUCAGGAAGGUCGGCCGAGCUGACAUCGUAGGUUUUGGGGAUUCUGGAGUCCUCGUCUCCCGCAACAGUGGCUAUUUAAAGUUCGGUGCUGCCACCCUCGCUUUGAACGACUUCGGUUACAAUGCCGGUGGAUGGCGACUCGACCGUCAUCUGCGUUUUCUUGCUGACGUUACAGGGAACAGAUAUCUCGACAUCGUUGGCUUCGGCGAAAAGCAUGUCUUUAUUGGCCGCAACAAGGGCGAUGGGACUUUUGCCCCAGCACAAUCUGUCAUCGACAACUUUUGCAUCGGUUCCGGCGGCUGGCAAAUCGGCGUUCACCCUCGCUUCGUAGCUGACUUGACAGGUGACGGAAGGGCCGACAUCAUUGGAUGUGGUACUGCUGGAUGCUACGCUGCUCUGAACAACGGCAGCGGCGCUUUUGGGCCAGUCAAGUUGGUCGUCAACGACUUCGGAACUUCUCAGGGCUGGCAAGCCACCAAACAUCCUCGAUUCAUUGCUGACCUCACAGGCAAUGGACGCGGCGACGUUUUAGGAUUCGGAGAAGCUGGUGUCUACGUUUCGCUCAACAACGGCAAUGGUACUUUCCAGUCAGCCAAGCUCGUCCUCAGCAACUUCGGCGUCAAGCAAGGGUGGGUAGUUGGCAAGCACCCGAGGUUCGUGGUUGACUUGACGGGAGACGGAUGCGCAGACAUCAUCGGCUUUGGAGAGAACGCGACAUACGUCGCAUACAACGACGGGAAGGGUAAUUUUGGUGAAAUCAAAACACUUACCAGUGACUUUUCGUCUAGCGGAGGAAAAUGGGCCGCGAACACGACCGUCUGCUGGGUGGCGAACUUGGACAACAGCAGGUUCUAG